UGAUAAAUGCACUUUAUCGCUACAAUUUACUGAACAAUCCAUUAACUGUAGCUUACAGCAAAGUGACAUUAUUAAAUAAUUCCUCUUCAUACAUUUGCCCCGUGUAUUGAUUCCAUAUCCAUACUAUAUAAGUCAAUAGUAAACACUACACAGAGAAGCGUCUGCUGCACGGCUCGGCUUGAAUUCAAUUGAUUCACGUGAUAAAAAAUCAUGUCGACGUAACAUUCCGAAACGGUAGAACCCUAGUAUUGUGGAUGCACAGAGACUCGUUUACCCGUUUUCCUGUUUCGCAUAAGGAAUUAAGCUAACAAACAGUGCAAUCAUGGGAAAAUCACCAAGGGUUCUUUCCAUACAAAGUCAUGUCGUAUCGGGAUACGUAGGAAACAAGAGUGCUACAUUUCCCUUGCAGGUUCUUGGAUUCGAAGUCGAUGCCAUUAAUUCUGUACAGUUAUCAAACCAUACUGGUUAUGGAUCUUGUGCGGGACAAGUACUACAUGCUGACGAACUGGCACAGUUGAUGAAGGGUUUGGCGAGCAAUGGGCUUGAUCAUUACUCUCACCUAUUGACUGGAUACUCAGGCUCACCAACAUUCCUUAAAGGCAUAGCUGAUGCUGUCAAACAGCUACGUGCUAAAAAUCCAAAUCUGAUGUAUGUGUGUGAUCCAGUAAUGGGAGACAAUGGACGAAUGUACGUUCCAGAAGAACUGCUUCCUAUUUAUCGUGAUGUAAUUGUGCCAUUGGCUGAUAUCAUCACUCCAAACCAGUAUGAAGUUGAAUUGCUUACAGGGCAGAAGGUGGAAACAAUAGAUGAUGCAUGGCGAGCUGUUGAUAUCUUCCACAACCAAGGAAUAAAAACUGUUGUGCUUUCUUCAACAGAACUUGGAGAUGAAGAACAUUUGUUAGGUCUCGCAAGCUCUGUCAUUGGUAAAGAGAGAAAGAAGUUUAGCAUAAGAAUUCCACGAAUUAAAGGAGUCUUUACUGGAACUGGUGACUUGUUUGCUGCACUGUUUCUUGCUUGGAUGUACCACAGUGAUGGAGACACAAAGUUGGCCCUAGAGAAAACAAUUGCCACUCUCCAAGGUGUCCUCCACCGCACACAUGAAUUUGCAGGAAAUGUGACUGGUUUAUCAAAGCCAAUGAAGGCAGCUGCUGUGGAACUACGUCUUAUUCAAAGCCGUCAAGAUAUUGAAAAGCCAGAGAUCCGUGUUCGGGCCCAGGAACACUAAAUAGAAAUACUGUUAUCAAAUAUUACCAUGAACUGUUGCGCAAAAGAUACUGCAACAGUUUUACUGCAUUUUAUGUUUUUUUUUGUAGAUAGAUUAGAGCUGCAUAAGAUGCUUAAAUGUUUAACAUAGCAGACAGUUUUAAUGUUACACAAGCUACAAGAAGUCACAAACAACAAGCACUGGUGUUAAUUCUCCAACUGUGAAUGCAAAAAUACAACGAAUGACACCGUUAUUUCGUGUAAGUUAACUUUGACCACAAGUGUACUGUAUUGGUAACAACAAAUCAUAAGUGAUUUUACUGAUAGUGGCAUGUUGACUGUAUUAACGUACAUAAUAUGUAUGUCCCUUGUAGGUAACAUCAAGUUAUGUGUCAAUUGUUGUGAUUUGGUCUAGACAUGUCUUGAAGUAAUAAGCAGAACAACAUAAGGGAGGGGGGGAUGGCACUGGUGUUCUUAGGAUAAUAUUAAUUUGUCUUGGGUUCCUAUUUGUACAAUAAGUUGAUGGCUGAGAAUCAGUUUGAGUGUAUACGUGCAAUACCUAUUUUAAUGUUGAAACAUUGAGUGGAAGUGUGCAACAAGUACUUAUAAAGUAUUUUGUUAUUUGUUACAUUACUAGGAGGAGGGGUGGGGAGGGGUCUUGAAAACAAAUAAAAAUGCAUCUUUCGCCCUGAAGUAUAUUUAAAAUUUAUGGAAAUAAUUGUCUCCUCAGUAGUGAAACUAAAAUGUG